GCAAGAAUUCAACCAUGUCACUUUGAAAAGGAGGCUUUGGCCCAGCCCUCCAUGUCACCAGUAGAUAUUGAAUCUUCGCCUUGAUACACAAAUAACAACCAACUGGUUUUAUAUAUCCAAUUAAAUAUAGUGUUGCAGUAUCGAACUUUGCAGUUAUUUAAUCUCAGACGGCUGCAGUUCAUUACAGGCCACAAUUCAGCUGAGAGGUCAUAUGACUCAAAGGAACGCAGCAGUCACACUGACAUCAUGACUCGAGGCACUGCUUAAAGUCACCUGUCCUAAAUAGCAGCUCCGUCUCAGUUUCACUCUCGCACGGCGAGUAAACAGGCAGUGUGUUCCUAACCGAGAUUAGUGGAGCUUUACUUGCAUGAGUAUUUGACUUAAACUCAUCCAGGUAUUCGGGGAAAGCAAUUAAUGAAGAUGGAUUAACCCAACCAUCCUUUCUAAGCCAUUCUGUUCCAGAGUGAUCAGCUGUGUUUUACCUUGAAGAGGGUGGUGGUGCACUUUUUAGAAACUUAUUUGAAAUCGGCUCAGCCUGGUUUUAUUACCCUAGUGAGAAAAUCUUUACGAGGCAAUGAGCUUUUAACAAGCUUUUAGAAGUAAGGGUUGUUGGCACAUUCUGAUCUGACAAUCUUUGUUUUAAAAGCCAUUUCAGAAAAGCUUUGUUGAUGUAGUCCCAGUGCAGCUAGAGUUUAGAUGUGCCCCUUGUUUGCCUGCUAAACUCCAUUUACUUGGAACUGACAUUCCUGUUACUCCAGCUUUCAAAGUUUCUGCUAUUGCGGCCAUUACUGUGUUUGCAACACCUUAAGUCACAAAUUUAGAUUCCUUCCUUCUGAGAUCAUUACCAGGUAAUUUUUCCUCGCUAUUGGGUCUCAUGUAACAGGAUGAUGUUUAUAUUUAGCAGAAGGAUGUGAGCUGCUUCACAGUCUUUUUAAUAAAGGCGGGCCUUGUUUCCAGGAACUUCAAAAUGGAUUAUAAAUUGCAUGUUGACAUGGAGGUGGUUUGUAGACUGAUGUUUGUACCUGAUAGUGCGUACAGCACGCCGUAAAGUGGACAUUUUAGCCCAAGUAGAGAAAUCCAUUGCACUAAAAGGGAAUAGUAUUUUCCUGAUGUUCCUUGCACCUUUGUUAAAAGAAAGAUAACUUGGCUAGGACUUCGUAAACGCUAAUCAUCAGUUGCUCUGCACGGGUCUCACACUGGCGAGUGAGGAUGAAGGCGCUGAGCCGUGGGCGCCGCUGAGCAUGUACGCGGCGUCAGGGAUGACGGAGUGCAAGGCCGAGGUGACCCCGUCCACACGCAAUGGCCAUCGCGUGUUCAGCUACACGCUUGAGAGCCACACGGCCGCUGCCUUCACCAUCAUGAAUGAGCUGCGGCUUGAGCGCCAACUCUGUGACGUCACACUGCGGGUAAAAUACAAUGACCUGGAGGCUGUGGACUUCGUGGCACAUAAGGUGGUACUGGCAUCCUCCUCCCCUGUCUUCCGUGCCAUGUUUACCAAUGGUCUGAAGGAGUGUGGCAUGGAGGUGGUGCCCAUCGAGGGGAUCCACCCAAAGGUCAUGGGCCGCCUGAUAGAGUUUGCCUACACGGCAAGUAUCUCUGUCGGAGAAAAGUGCGUCAUCCACGUGAUGAACGGAGCCGUGAUGUAUCAGAUCGACAGCGUGGUGAAGGCCUGCUGCGAUUUCCUGGUGCAGCAGCUGGACCCAAGCAACGCCAUCGGCAUCGCUAACUUCGCUGAACAGAUCGGCUGCAACGAGCUGCACCAGAAAGCCCGCGAGUACAUCUACAUGAACUUCAGUCAGGUGGCGACGCAGGAGGAGUUCUUUAAUCUGUCUCCAUGCCAGCUAGUAACCCUCAUCAGCCGCGAUGAGCUGAACGUACGCUGCGAGUCCGAGGUAUACCAUGCAUGCGUGGCAUGGGUGCAGUAUGAGCGUGACGAGCGGAGACCCUAUGUUCAGGCGCUGCUACAGGCCGUGAGAUGCCACUCCCUUCCGCCACGCUUCCUGCAGCGCCAGCUCGAGCACUUUGAAUGGGACGCGCAGAGCAAGGACUACCUAGCACAGAUCUUUCAGGACCUGACGCUGCACAAGCCCACCAAGGCAGCAGCGUGCCGCACACCUAAGGUACCGCAGCUCAUCUACACAGCUGGAGGCUAUUUCCGGCAGUCGCUCUGCUACCUCGAGGCGUUUAACCCGGGCACUGGUGCCUGGCUGCGCCUGGCAGAUCUGCAGGUGCCUCGGAGUGGCCUGGCAGCGUGCGUGAUCAGCGGGCUUUUCUAUGCUGUUGGAGGGAGGAACAACGCCCCUGAUGGCAACAUGGACUCCAACACACUUGACUGCUACAACCCCAUGAACAACUGCUGGCUUCCGUGCGCCCCAAUGAGCGUCCCCCGGAACCGAAUUGGUGUUGGGGUCAUUGAUGGUAUGAUCUACGCGGUCGGGGGCUCACAUGGAUGCAUCCAUCAUAACAGCGUAGAGAGAUACGACCCAGAAAGAGACUCAUGGCAACUGGUGGCCCCCAUGCUGACCCGGAGAAUAGGGGUGGGUGUGGCAGUCAUUAACCGCCUCCUCUAUGCGGUGGGUGGGUUCGACGGAACGCAUCGGCUCAGCUCAGUGGAAUGUUACAACCCUGAGAAAGACGAAUGGAGGAGCACGGCACCCAUGAACACUGUCCGCAGUGGAGCAGGUGUGUGUGCGUUAAAUAACCAUAUCUAUGUAAUGGGAGGGUAUGACGGCACAAAUCAGCUGAACACGGUGGAGCGCUACGACGUUGAGACGGACAUCUGGACCUUCAUCCCCUCAAUGAAACACCGGCGCAGCGCACUGGGAGUCACCACCCACCAAGGACGCAUCUACGCACUCGGAGGAUAUGAUGGGAACACCUUUUUGGACAGUGUGGAGUGUUACGAUCCUGAAACGGACGCUUGGACUGAGGUCACGAGGAUGACGUCUGGGCGAAGUGGGAUUGGUGUUGCGGUCACUAUGGAGCCUUGCCAAAAAAACUGUCAGACAGAAUGUCCAAAAGAUUGUCAGAAAGACUGUCAGAAAUUUUAGUGCCUCCUGUCUUCUGCUCUUUUCCCCCCAUAUUUCUAUUGCUUCCUCUUUCAGCCAGGAAUCAUCAGUGAUUUAUAAUUCUGGUGCUUCAAGAACUUUAAUAGUCUUCUUUAAAUCAAGAGCAAACGGGUCUCUGGAUGUCUACAGGGUUCACACAAAUCUGUGGUGUUGAUGAUAUCAGAGAGACCAGAAGAUGCUUCCAGACAGGACUGGUUAAAUUUUUUUUCCUGCUGGUUUUAUGAUCAUUAAUGUGAAUCAGCCUGUGUUUCCUGUUUGUAUUACUGACCAGCUUUGCCCAUCUAAACCAGACAUGAGCACUGACUAAAAGCCAAACAUUUCUCAUUAAGUAGAAGUUGUAGAUCAGCACCUUGGACCAUGGAUGUCAACAUUUUAAAGUGCCAUUAUUGUGUCUCACAACACAUUUCAUUAUCUAAGUCUGUUUUGCCGUCCUGGGCUUAUAGAACCAUCAUAGUGCCAGGCACAAGGACCCAUAGAGGUAGCAAACAACUGUGAGCUAGUUUAGGAGGUGUGGGGGAAUCAAAUUUUACACAACUUUUCACUUAAUCAAAAUCUAUUUAAUUAUCCAAAACAUGUUUCAUGUUUAAAGAAUAGUUUUGCACCUGGUUUGGGUUUUUUUUUUUGUGUGUCUAAGAAGUAAGAGUGACAUUUUUGUAAAUAUCACUUAAACACUACACCCAGACUGUAAUGUAGAGGUGUGACCAAGAUCCUGUAGACCCAACAAAAUACAAAUAGUGAUAAUAGGAGAGGGGUGUUUUUAAUUCAAAUUCAUUCAAAGAAAAACACCAUUAAAUGUUCUAUAUUAGAUAUACAGUACUGGUCAAAAGUUUUAGGCACAUGCAAAUAAAUCAUGUAGAACAUGUAUAGCUUUAAAAGAAAUACUGUAAAUCCCAGAAAACAGUCAUUUAUAAAACAGAGUCUGUAUUUGGCAUGAUGUCGAUUUGAGGACCCUUUAGUCUCAGGUACAAUUUAUGCUUUUUUUGUUUGUUUGUUUGUUUAAGAAAUUAGCUACUAAGAUUUACUGAGCACCCUACAGAAUCUUCAAAAUUUCUGGGGGCAUUGACUGUUGCAUCUGUUUAUUUUUUUGCCUGCCAAACCCAGCUUCCUUUUCUUUCUGAACAGUGCAUGCUACUUUUUUUCUGGUAUACAAGUAUUUUUAUCUAACAUUUAAAUUUGUGUUAAAAUAAUAAUGUUUUUGUACUAAAGCAAUGUUAAUGUCCUAAAUAAUUUUAAAAAUCCAUAGAAAAGUUUGUACCAAAAACAAAAAUUUUUGUGUCUAAAAUUUUUGCACAGUACUGUAAUAGAUAUCAAUUUGGGCUCAUUUUAGUAUCUGUGCUGGUCAGUAGACUAUAGAUAAAUAUGUUUAAAUGAUGCAUUUGUUUGCAUUUUAAGAAACAGAAUCAAGUUCAAGAUUCAAAUCAGGCAAAAACUAAGAUGUACAGUGGUACCUCGGCAUACGGAUUUAGUUUCCAGAGGCGAGUAUUGCAUAGGAAAUAAUGUAAAUGCAGAUAAUCCGUUCCAGCAACCCAAAAAUAUUACCAAUUUCCAACAUUAGAAUAAUAUUUUUGCUAUAAGUAUUUUGUGUUCAGAAGAGACAUGAAGUAAAAUAUGAAAUAGACAUUUAAAACUCACUUAACGGGCUGCUUUUUUAAUAAAACUGAAAGUGGCUCCAUUAUCUUAUUCUUCUGAAAAUGCUUUGUAUGUUGAUGCAAAUUUCUUGCCUAAUUUCAGUUGUGUCUAAAAAAUUUGUAAGGCAGUGCACUUGUAUGCCGAGGUACCACUCGAGUGACCUGGAGGUGGAAGUGUAUGAUAAUGUGUAAUGUGUACAGGGUGUAACACACUGCCUUUUUUUUUCCUUUUUUUUUUUUUUUUACUUUUGUGCAAAACACGACUCAGACAUCAAACUUGUUUUAGCCAGUUUAGUUCUUAUUUUUGUAAAAUUCGGAUAUGGGAAUUAUCGACACACUGAUUCAGGCAUAUUAAAACAGGGGAAACACUUCAUUCAACUCACUAGGUAAUUAUCCAGAUCAUGGUGUAUUGGCCAAUUACCCAUCAUUCACUCAGGGUGUGUUCUUCGGGUGUGUGCUUACAAACACAGUCAUGGCACACCGCCUUAGUGAUUAACUAGUGAGUUAAAUCAGCUUACACAAGGUGACUGCUAAUGCUGGGAACCACGGUCACCUAUAACCCUGGUUAUUGAAUAACUUAAUUAGAUUUAGUUGAGUGUUUUCUCUGCUGAUGUCACUUGCUUUUAAUUAGUAAACCCUUCAUAAGUGUGUCCCCACAUGGCCUUUUUUGUCUAGAUGGCAUCUUGUUUAAAAGUGUUUCAGGGUCCAAAUGUGAGCCUGAGAAAGAAAAGAAAAAACAGUAUCUAAUAUCCAAGAGCACAAAUGAAAUGUCUGGGAUGAAGGUUUUGGAAAGGAAUGUGGGUCCUGUCAUCAUUUAAUGCUGAUUGUAGCAUUACCUGGAAAAAAGGGGGAUUCCUUGCCAUUUGAGGCCAACACCACAGUAGAACUGACAUCCUUCAUGAGCAGGCAAAAAACAAAUCCUGAUUAAUGUAUUUAUAACAGUAUUUCAAGCUACAUUUUCCAAGAUUUUAAAAAUGUCUUGGGAGUUUUGUACAGAGUCUGAAUUUCUCCUUUAUUUAUUUUGGAUUAACUAUUUUUUUUCCCCUACUUUUCGUGCUUGACCCCUAAGUUCAACUUUUGAAUAAAUGAACCAAUCUCCUUUUCUAUUCGUCGCAUACUGAGCAUGUGCCGUAUUUAAGUUACGGCAAAUUGUGACUUCUCUUUUUCUAAAUCUGUUUGUUUAAAAAAAAAAAAAAAAAAGGAAGUAGUUUUUGCUUUAACAGUUUAUUAAUAACAUUGAGAGAUAAUUUAAAGACUGCUUUGUACAUUUUCCAGCAAUCAAUGUAUUGUACAAGACAUUGUGUAUUAAAGAUAUCUGUUUAUUCUA